AUGACAUCGAGCAUCAAAGUUUCUAAAUUCCCAAAGUCGGGUACAAAAUUUUCUGAGAGCAUUGACGAAGUCAAUGCGGCCGAGCACAAUUUCAACGUUAUAUUGCAAGCUGGCCGCGUGGUGUCCACGAAAACUCUACUAUCCCAUUUCGCCGAUGGCAUGCAAAUCAAGCGUCUUGAAGACAUGGUUGCCGAUUUUCAAAUUAUUUUCAGCAUCAUAAGACGAGAUAUGAAGUCGCAUAAUAGUUCUGUCGAUUUCACCGGCAUGCGAGUGGCCGACAAGAAUGUCGUGCUUCCGAGGCACAUUACAAUCGACCGCUACGAUAACAUCUGCCCGUUGACGCUUCUCCUCCAAAUCAUUGCCGAGAGCCUCAACAAACUGCGGAUUAAUGUUCGCCCCAAUGAUUGGAGCAGCUUGAGACCUCUGCGAGAUGUUCUUGUUGGGCUGCAGCAACGUCUCAAAAAGGUUGAGCAUGGAAAGGGUUUCUUUCCCGGUCUAGCGCCGUGCAUCAUGCUUCACGAAGAACACUCCAUCUUUACUGUCGCUGCGACUUCAGCUCGUUACAUGCGUCUGCAGGCCCUUGAUAGCUUCGGCAGAGACGCUAGGUUCAGACAUAUAGACACGAUGAAGGCAAGAUGCACACCCGAAGCGGCGAGACGCAUGACUGAGAUUGAGAGAUUCUCAAAUGAUAUACGAGCACAUUUGGCCGUUGAUGAGGAUGAGAGAGACAAAACAUGGCAUAAUUGGGAAAAUCCUUUCCGGACCGAGGCAAAUCGUGCAGUAGUCAAUGGUAUGGGAGCCAGCUUCGAGCCUCAGGGAAAGUAUAAGGUAGCUUGCGUGCUCGACUACUGGCGCUUUCGGAUGCAAAGACCACAACAGGCCGAAGCCGCAGAGCUAGCUGUUCUUGAGGCAGAAAUAGUAAAGAAGAGAGGUAUCAGUGGAGCGACAUCCUGCGCAGAGUGGGAUUUAUGGAUCACCAAAUUGUCCAGCCCUUCGGUUCAACCGCAGCCGCCCCUUCAGCCUAUCCCAUACAAAGCAGGAAUGCCAAAGUCAGGAACAUGGGGCACACCUUUACACCUACCACCACCUCCAGCUGUCCCUCAACGAGCCGCCGUGGGACCUUCAUCAAGGGUAGAAAUGUCGUCCGCCUACCCUCCACCGAUUGGCUAUCCAAGCAAUGUCACUCCAGGAGCGAGGAGAGAGCAGAGAAACCCUCACGGACCAGGGACAUGGCCGACUUCAACAGCUAUGCCCCCUCUUCCAGGCCAACCUCUCCAAGCUGGGAGGCGAGACGCUGGGUCUAGGAUGGGUUCAGUGGCCAUUGGCCCACAUGUCUAUCCCAACACCAGCCCCUAUGGAGCACCAAGAAGAGAUGAGAGAAUCCAGUCACCAUCAGUAUCCAGCGACGGGAAGAAGACAAAUGGCAAAGCUAAAUCAAGGGGCUGCUUUGGAUUUCUGUAA